AUGACAUCCAACAUCCCUGAAAUCCUCCUGCUCUGCAUGGACAUCCAUUUCAUGACAGCCUUCGAUGAUGCUCUCAAAACAACAUGGCCAGACCAUGACAGUGAAAAACUGAAGAUCACCCCGAUAAACGAGCGUCUCAACUCCCUCCCAGAAGGAACAACCUUCGACCUAAUCGUCUCACCAGCAAACUCCUACGCUCGCCUCGACGGAGCCUUCGACCACGCCAUUUCAAUGACCUUCAGUCCACGAAAAGACUACCACGCUCUGACACGCGCAGCGCAGGCAGUCCUCUACGAGAAGUGGCGCGGAUUUGCGCCGCCUGGCUCGUGCACGCUUGUCGAGUUCCCAGAUGACCUAAAGCAGAAUAAAUAUGGCUGCAGAUGGGUGGCUAUCUGUCCGACAAUGCGUGAGCCUUCAGACGUUCGAUGGGACAAGGAGGUUGUCUAUGAGUGUGUUUGGAGCACGUUGUGCCAGGUUGAGGGACAUAAUCGUGCUGCGAAGGGGGAAGGGAGGAUUGAUAGGAUUCUUAUGACGCCGUUGGCUGUUGGUGUUGGGAAAGUUAGUAAAAAGCGAUGGGCAGUGCAGACGGUACUCGCGCUAAGGCAGUUUGUCGAUGCUGUCGAGAGGCCUGAGAGGUGGGGGAAUUUGGAGUGGAAGGAGAUUGGUCAGGAUUGUCUUGAGAUUGAGAAGACUUGGGCGUUAUGA